AUGACGAAAGCCGCGGUUAAAUCACACGCUCCGGCACUAUACUCACUCGCUCUUCUUCAGUUCAACGGUAGUGGAGGCUUGAAGAACGAUAAAGACCUUUGUGCAGGUGUUGCUUUGUGUGCAAGAGCAGCGUGCCUUGGCCAUCCGGAUGCUCUUCGUGAACUCGCUCAUUGUCUUCAAGACGGGUAUGGAAUACGAAGGAACAUUUCCGAAGGCAAUCGUCUUCUCGUGCAAGCUAACUCACGCGAAUUUGCUUUUGUCCUACGUGUCCUCAAAAACAAAUCGACACAUAUAAAUUUCGACUAUGAAUUACUUAAUGACUACGGGUUUAACCAAGCUAGUAGACAAAUGCACCCGGUUAAUAAGUUUAUGGCAGAAUGGUUCGGGUCAAAGGAAAAUGGUGUCCCGGGCCAAGGUUUGAGAAUGUGUUCUUGCAAGGGGUGUGGGCGCCCCGAGACCCGAAUAAACGAGUUUCGAAGGUGUUCGGGUUGUGGGAAAGUGAACUAUUGUUCGCGUGGGUGCCAGGCUCGUGACUGGAGGUUGCACCACAAGGUGGAAUGCGCACCUAUAGAGGAGUGGAUUGGUCAUGCGUUUGAUUGA